AUGUUGGACUCGUGUCUCCGGUCGCCCGCCUCGCCCGUUGAUUCCGCCAUGUUCCCGCCCGUGUACAACCGCUCCCUGUCGUCGUCGUCGUCGACCUCCAUAUCGUGCGACGCCCCCGCCAACGACAACAGCAGCUCCACGGGCACCACCGGCAUCCCCAACCACAUCAACCACUACCGCAGCUACGACCUCAUCCACUCGAGCGUCUACUCGACUGGCGCGAAGCCCCUGAGCAGCUCCGCGUGCCUGAAACAGCACGACCUCGAGCCCUUUGAGUUCCGGGCGCCUUCAGCUGCCGUGCCGACCCCGCGGUCCCACGCCGGCACGUCGCUCAGCUCGGUCUUUGGCGACCAGGACCUCAUUGACGCCAUCAUCGCCGUCAAGGCCGUCUCCAACCCACUCUUUAGCCUCAACUUCCCCGCCCCCCGACGCCUCCAGCAGCAGCAGCAGCCGAAGCGGCCGCAGUCGUUCACGGCGCUCAUGCAGCAGCGGCCGCUCGGGGGCAGUCUCUCGGCCGCCUCCAGCAGUAGCGGCCCCUGUCUGCGCAAACCCGGCACGUUCCUCAACAAAGACGGCCGCUGGAUCAAGGGCAAACCCUGUCGCAUGGACAGCUGCGACAAGCGCGCGCAGUCCAACGGCCUGUGCAAAGGCCACGGCGGCGGCGCGCGCUGCAGCUUCUCGGGCUGCAGCAAGUCGUCCCAGGGCGGGGGCUUCUGCCGCGCGCACGGCGGCGGCAAACGCUGUCUCUACGACGGCUGCGAGAAGGGCACGCAGCGCAACGGCUUUUGCUACCUGCACGGCGGCGUGCGGUCGUGCAGCGUCGACGGGUGCGAGAAGAAGGACCGCGGCAACGGCAAGUGCUUCUCGCACGGCGGCGGCCGCAAGUGUCAGGCGCUUAUGUGCUUCCACACGAUCCGACGGGGCGCGUUCUGCGACGUGCACAAUGAAAAGCUCAGGAAGCAGUAG